CGCCAGCUUGGGACUGGCAGGCAGUGUAACAAAUCAAGUCGCGACCUCUGAAAGCAAAACACUGCAGCCCCUUGGCAACUCGGAGCUGGGAAGGGAUCCAAGAGGCUGUACCUACGGGUGGCCCAGAGUGUCCGGGUCGCUUCUUCUCCGGAACGUGGGAUAGGUGGAUCUGGAAGGAACGUCCUGGAGCUUGGCCAGAGUCAGAAGACACACCCUCACCCAUCUGCUUGGGGGAGAGACACCAGCCGCUUCCUUCUCUGGGGAAGCUGAGGAUACGGCUGUAAAUCGACCACAAGAGACCAGAGAACUCCUUCGGCUGAGGAAGGGAGCUAGGCGACUGUUGGAAGGAGGCGAACACCGGGAAACAUGGCUUCCAGUUCACACCCUGCCUAGCAGCAGCACCCAGCCUGGGCCGGCAGGAUGUCCCGCUAGACAGCCAUGGACGGAGCCCAGAGCGCAGGCCUGCAGCUGCAGCCACUCCCGCCCACCAGUGGCGCCACCUCCACCAGCCUGAGCAGCAGCGAGGGCUCCUUCUCCUACAAGGAAAACUUGAUUGGCGCGCUCUUGGCUAUUUUUGGUCACCUGGUGGUCAGCAUCGCCCUUAACCUGCAGAAAUACUGCCACAUCCGCCUGGCCGGCUCCAAGGACCCCCGGGCCUACUUCAAGACCAAGACAUGGUGGCUGGGGCUGCUCCUCCUGCUGCUGGGGGAACUGGGCGUGUUCGCCUCCUAUGCCUUCGCUCCACUGUCGCUCAUCGUGCCCCUCAGUGCCGUCUCCGUAAUAGCAAGCGCCAUCAUCGGAAUCAUAUUCAUCAAAGAAAAAUGGAAACCUAAGGACUUUGUGAGGCGCUACGUCUUAUCCUUUGUUGGCUGCGGCUUGGCCAUCGUGGGCACCUACCUACUGGUGACAUUUGCACCCAAUAGUCAUGAGAAAAUGACAGGCGAGAACAUCGCCAGGCACCUGGUGAGCUGGCCUUUUCUCCUGUACAUGCUGGUGGCGAUCGUCCUGUUCUGCCUGCUGCUCUACUUCUACAAGGAGAAGAACGCCAACAGCAUCGUUGUCAUCCUCCUCCUGGUGGCCCUGCUUGGUUCCAUGACGGUGGUGACGGUCAAGGCUGUGGCCGGGAUGCUGGUGCUGUCCAUCCAAGGCAACCUGCAGCUGGACUACCCCAUCUUCUACGUGAUGUUCGUGUGCAUGGUGGCCACCGCCAUCUAUCAGGCCACGUUUCUGAGUCAGGCCUCUCAGAUCUAUGACUCCUCCUUGAUCGCCAGCGUGGGCUACAUCCUGUCCACCACGGCGGCCAUCACAGCAGGUGCCAUCUUCUACCUGGACUUCCUUGGGGAGGAAGCUCUGCACAUCUGCAUGUUUGCACUGGGGUGCCUCAUCGCCUUCUUAGGCGUAUUCCUAAUCACUCGAAACAGGAAGAAGGCCAUUCCGUUCGAGCCCUAUAUUUCCAUGGACGCCAUGCCAGGUAUGCAGGACAUGCAUGCGAAAGGGACGACGGUCCAGCCUGACCUCAAAGCUUCUUUUUCCUACGGAGCCUUGGAAAACAACGACAGCAUUUCUGAGAUCUACACCCCAGCCACACUGCCCGUCAUGCAGGAGGAGCACGGCUCCAGAAGCACCCCCGGGGUUCCCUACCGUGUCCUGGAGCACACUAAGAAGGAAUGACAGGCCUCCCUGGGGGGUGGGGGGGAGGAGUCACUGCCCAUAGGCCCCCCGCGGUUCCACUUUUCAUUGCCCCAACUGCCUUUCAAGUAUCCUGGUCUCAAACUGAGACCGCUGUGCAAGAUGACCUUGCGAGGCCUCUGUCUCUGCCAGAGAAGCCAUUCAAUGACCUUGACUUUGAAAAUUUCAAAUAGUCGGGGAAGAAUCCCAGGUGGGCUGUGUGGCCGGUUAAGCUAGUGGGAGUUGAAGCCAUUUUACCUCCUUGGACAGUCAGUGAGUGUCAGGUAACGGCCACAGGCUUCCACACAUUCCUUGGAGUGAAAGCAAGACAGAGUGAGUCUGUUCCCUCUUUGCAAAUCCAGCAAAGGGCUGGAGAGCUGCACCGUCGGUCUUCCUCUACCCAGAGCGCCUGCCUCAGCUCUACCUGGCUCACUCACCAGUCUAUAGCUCUAAGGACAUCGCUGUCCCUUUUGCCAGGCCCAACAGGGCCGUCCCUGCGUGGAACAAGCUGUCGUUUGCACCCUGCUGGCCUACAGGGGGCCGCCCAUCGCCUGAACCCUUCUGUGACUACCCGGGUGAUGAGUGUCUGCUGGAUCUGAUUAGAAAACUGGCUUCAUUCCCGUUCUUGGAGAUUAUUCCUUUGCUUCCUCCUCCAAAGAAGCUGAGAGAACAGAGGCGGAGGGGGACAGGAGCAGGGGUGCGGCUGCUUCCGGUCAUCCCUGUCUACGGAGGAUGCUCCUGAGCUCCGUGUGGGGUGAGCCUCACAUCUCUUUCCUCUUCCUCCUGCACACCUGGGUCGGAGCCUCCUGCAGAUCCAUCCCAGUCUCCUCCCCGUUCUCCCCUCGACUCCCGCUUGCUGCCGAGCAGGCAUUUCCACACACAGGUCUGCAGCUUUCUUCCCCGUCUCUUCUGUGAGUGGCCUCCCCAAUUCUCCCCGACUCCCCAAAUAAUGCACACACCUAAGAGUUAGCUGGCAGAGGCUUGCAGGCUUUGACGGGCAUUAGAAUUCCAUAGUUUAUUUAAAAUGUAAGUUCCUCGCGCUAACCGUAGUGCUCUGGAUCCGUGGGCCCGGGACGGCACCCAACAGCCUGCAUCAUCUCUGGAGAUCUGAGCCCCAGAGAGCAUACCCUCCCCCCUCCCAGAAGCCUUCUCACGGGCCCCAAAAUCCCAAGGGACCACACAGCCCUGCCAGGUUUAAGCCUCCAGUUUCUUACCCUCUCAGGGUUCUUUAGGUAAGCUAGAUUGGCCCGGUCGGACCUGUGGCGGGCCCUACCCAGUGAACACCACUGGAAAGCCGCAGUGUUAAUAGGUCAGUGUUGCUAUGCCGUCCUCAGUGCGGCUCUUCACACCCAAACAGUGCUGUGACUUCAGAACUCUGUCAUCGGCUCCAGAGCCUACCACCACUUCCGUAUUCCAUCCUGACCGUGUCUGUAUUGUGGCUUGCACAUCUGAGGUUUGAAAUGGCAACAGAGAAAGGGUUCUUCAAUUCAGCCCUUGAGGGGCGGACAGAGAAAGGGUUCUUCAAUUCAGCCCAACGGCAUGAGGCCCCAGGUGCUUUGCUCAGGUCCUGGGGGCCAGUUUACUGUAUCUCUCACUCACAACACUACAAGCAUUACACAGAGUUCUGCCCUCCAGGACUGCAGGGACACGCGCGCACAUACACACACACACACACACACACACCAGGAACCUUGGGCAGGGCAGGCUGUGUGGCAGAGAGUCACAGAGGCUUGUCAUAAGGCUAAGCCCUGAACUCAAUAGGUGUUCAGGUUGAAGACGAUUUCCGUGCAUUCAUGGUGGAAAUAUAGUUAAAAUUAGAGAGUGGGUGAUCACACCCUCCCCCCACAAGGAAAUGGGCAGCUCUGGAAAAUCAGAGGUGAGAGCCAGGAUUGCCAAAGAGCCCGUGGAAGUGAUAGGAGAUGAACACCAAAAAACACGCCACGGACCAGAAGCCUUGUGGCUCACAGCCGUGACCCCAGCACUUGGAAGACGUUGUUCUCUUCUUCAGGAGGAUUGCCACAAAUUCUAGGCUAACCUGGACUGCCAAGUGAGACCCCCAUCUCAAAACAAGAUUAGCAGCGAAGAUAAUCAUGAAGGCGAUGAUUAGUUGGCAGAGGCAAGUAUCCUGGAGGGCGUGGGAGCUUCUGGAGAGUCACGAGGAAGAACGUAACAGGGUCAGCACCUACGGGAAAGGUGACCCCGUCCUGUGGUAGGAGAGAAAGAUGGAGCGAUAAGUCACCUUUCAGGGUCAGGCUCCAGGCCCCUAAGAGUAAAGAAUUAACGCUUCUGUUCUGAUAGCUGGAAGAGAUUGGGACGUGGGCGUUGUGUGCAAAGGGAGGUUGUUUCCCCGUGGCAAACCCGGGCUGGCACCCAUCGUUCUGGCGUGGUAUGUCUGUCCAGCCUCAUUCUGCCCCUUCCCUCCUCCCGUGGGCUGUUUAGCCCUGGCCAGCCUGAGAUCCAGGUGCACUGUAACACAGGUGAUGCAGAAGAGGUGAGCAGAGCCACCCAGGAGCCGCUUCCUGGGGCCUGGACAGCUCGAUGGCUUUCAGGUUGAGGACAGUAGCCACCAUCAUGUACACGGAGCCAUGAGGGAUGAGCAGAAAGGCCUUUGAGUUCCUGAGUGGAGAUGAGGCGGGGCAGUCAGGCAGUGGGAGACCAGAGUUCCCACCCAGUCCUAGAUGCCCUGCUGGGCCCCAGGUGUCAUUGCAUUGUCAGCUCACAGCAGGGCUGCCCUGUUGUUAGAAUGAGGAAGAAAAAAGACCAAGUUUCUAACUAAAACCCUGUUUUCCCUUGUGGCUAUGACACCCACCCAC